CAGGAUAUUGGUGCUGGUAGCACUGAGAACCUAUGAGCCGCCACUCUUCCUUUAGGAAACGCAGCCACCACCUCACGCCGCGGAGGCCCAGCAUGAACGUGAACUGUGCUGCUGGGACAGGCUGGUCGAGAAACCGCGACUCCAGUUGCUCCGUGGAAAACACAACUGCACCCGGCCAUGAGCCCCAAGAGAACAACGUGGUGCUAGGAGGUCACAGCCCCUCUUCAGGUCCGAGGUCUGAGGGAUUGGAUCCCGAAUGCCGACAUGCUGCUUUCCUGGUGAGUCCCCAGAUCAGUAGCAUGUUGUCCACUUCUGAAGACACGCACGGCUGUCACUUCCAAGAUGGGAAUAAAAGACAGCCAGAAUAUUUUAAUACCCAGGAACGCCACGGAGGCAGCACUUUGUCUUCAAGCAUCAAUUCGCAAGCACAGGCUCCAGAGAAAGUGACCCUUGUGGUAGAUGGCACUCGAUUUGCAGUGAACCCACAGAUUUUCACAGCUCACCCUGAUACUAUGUUGGGAAGGAUGUUUGGACCAGGAAGAGAAUAUAACUUCACCCGGCCAAAUGAAAAGGGAGAAUAUGAAAUCGCAGAAGGAAUUAGCUCAGCUGUCUUCCGGACCGUGCUGGAUUAUUACAAAACGGGGAUCAUUAAUUGCCCUGAUGGGAUUUCAAUCCCAGACCUUCGAGACACGUGCGAUUACCUCUGCAUCAACUUUGACUUCAACACAAUCAAAUGUCAGGAUCUAAGUGCUUUGCUCCACGAGCUGUCCAACGAUGGUGCUCACAAGCAGUUUGACAGCUACCUGGAGGAGCUGAUCCUGCCCAUCAUGGUGGAUAGCGCCAGGAAGGGGGAACGUGAAUGCCACAUCGUGGUGCUGACGGACGAGGACACCGUGGACUGGGAUGAAGAUCACCCCCCUCCGAUGGGAGAGGAGUACUCACAAAUCCUUUACAGUUCCAAGCUGUACAGAUUCUUCAAGUACAUUGAGAAUCGCGACGUUGCAAAAGCCGUAUUAAAGGAACGGGGUCUGAAGAACAUUCGCAUUGGCAUUGAAGGAUAUCCCACCUGCAAAGAGAAGGUGAAGAGGCGGCCCGGCGGCCGCUCGGAGGUGAUCUACAACUACGUGCAGCGGCCGUUCAUCCAGAUGUCGUGGGAGAAGGAAGAGGGCAAGAGCCGUCACGUCGACUUCCAGUGCGUUCGGAGCAAAUCUCUAACAAACCUCGUCACUGUGGGCGACGACGUGUCUGAGGAGCACGAGAUACUAAUGCAUCACCCGCCCCAGGUGGAUGAACUGGACAGGCUAAACGCCCCGUUCUCCCAAAUGGCUGUUAACGAUCUACCAGAUUAGUGAUGGCUCAGGGCCGAUGGGGCUGCUUGACCUGGAAACAUCUCAGCAUGGUUUCGUCCCGGGUGAUGGAACACAAACUCCUGCAAGGUGCUUUAUCCUUGUCCAUGCUCUUACUACGUUGUCUUAUUUCAAGCAUGUUAAUAAAGAGCCACACUCCCUAGUCUAACUGUGCAAUCAAAAGCAACGCUGUCUCAACCAGAAAGAAAUGCUGCUGUUUGCUUCCAGUGCAAGAGCUUCCAGAUUGGUGGUGCUGAGUCUCUUGCCUAAGCUUCUAAAGGAAGAGCGGAGGUAUUUGGAAGCUCCUCAUUUUUGAUAGGAGAGAGGCAAUCCCAGGCCUCUCGAGACAAAGCUUUCUGUUACCAUUAGGCACUUAGGUUUGCUGUUGUGCUAAUCAGUUACAAAGGAGCGAGCAUCGAGCAAGACAGAUUUCACCCUUUCAUCAACCAGCAGAAAUGUAGCACUGUUGUGACAGCAAAAUACCGAGGUAAGGGAAUCUGCCUACACUGCCACCUGGCUUUGCCUCCAGUGAAUUGUACUGCUGUUCUCGGAGAGAUGGGACUGGUUUGAUAGGAAGCGUGUUCCUGAUCACAGGAAUUUGCCUGUAUACACUUCUGCAUUAGGAGGGAAACACACUUGUCUUAGAGAUAUUGUUGCUGUUCAGUUUGGUAAAACAAGUAAUUAUGCUGAAGGAAAAAGCCAAAAAAAGAAAGAAAACAGAAGACUAUAGUUAAUGUUUUACAAACUAAAUCAUUUAGUAGGAAAAUAGAUGUUAUAGAGGUGACUGUGUGUGGUGAAGACUUUCAGUUUUCUCCUCCAUCUUCCUCCUAAGCCAAAAGCCAGUGGAAGAUCUCUGCGUACAGGCAGGGUAAGAGCCAAGUAAAACCCCUGACCCCUCAAGCUUAGUCAGAGUUCUGCUGACUGCAAGGUGUGCUCCGCUCGCGGGGCCCAGCGCAGCUCUGAGAGGCCACCUCCUGUCUUCCCACUUCGGAAUCGAUUGGGCCCCUUCGCUGUAAGGCAGGUAAGAAAUAUCAGAAAUAAAGCAGCCUUCAACGGGGCCAAUGCUUGUAUCUGGGACCAGCUCUCCACUGAUACGCUUAAUAUAGUCUGUGAGUUACCACUUAGUUCUCUUUGGAGUUAGGCCCGAAGGAGCUGGCACCACAAUUCUGUGGUGUCCCAGGCUGGYUGAGCUCCCCCGGCUGUGGGGGAGACCGGCUUGUCCUGCUCCUGCAGCACCAAGUGCCCCAUAGACUUCCUUAACGCCGCAAAUAGGACACAGCGUUCUGUGCUGCCAACCUAACUGGGAUGGGCCUGCCUUGCCCAGCUCUCAUUUCUGAUGGCACUGUAGAUUUUUCCAUGCCCAAAUAAGAGUUCUUGCCACCUUAAGCAUGAUGCUGCUGCAAGGAAAACUUGGAKGCCUUCAGAACAAAUACAUAAAAGGAGAGAGGGAGAGAGAUCCCCUGCAAAGUUCCCGAGUUCAGGUCAGUUCUGCUCUUGCAGUUGACUGCUGUUAAUAGCUGUAGCAAUUAGCCAUGGAGUUGCUUGGUCAUGCUUGGCAAAAGAGAGGUGGGCUGUCAGUCUGCUCCUGUAGAUUUAAUCCUUUAUUGUCAGGGUUGCUUCAUCAAGCAGGUUUUUAUUGUUCUUUGAAGAAUCUGUCUGUGAAGUGUAAGAUAAACUUACUAGUGAAGAUCGUCACUGUUUUGGUGCUAAGGGCAUUUGGUUUUCUCUAAGUAAUGUGACAGUAUUGAGCACAAAUUAAAGAUUUAUGACUGCUACUUUAGUUAAAAAGCAAACCAAGCCCUCUUGGCCAGUGCUUACACGUGCUGAUAUAUUUAGUUUCUACUUGCAGUGUUCCUGUUCUUCUUUCCCAAGUGCAGCAAAUAGAUUCCUUCCUUUUCCAAGUGCCUCCGGGAAGAUUUCCAGAAGUGCUUAAGGCCCCACUGAGUAUCCAGGGCGUCCAGGGCCCCCCGGCAACUUUUGAAAAUCUCUCCAGGCUCUCGCUGGAGCCUCUCGCUGGCUGCAGGCUGGAGAAGUGGCCUUAAGUGUCUGCCCCGAGCUGAGGGAGAGGGGCUGCAAUCCCUUUCGGUUGUUUCUUUAGGUGAGAGCUGCUACUUUGGUAGYAGAGAAAGGUGGAUAUAUGGAAUAUUAAUCUGCCCAAAUGCAUUCCCUGCCUGGGUGAGGAGCUGCUCCCCAAAGUCAAGCAAAGGCAGGGAUGCAGCUUGACCUGGGCCCKGUGGGGUUGAUGUUAUCUAUUUAUUUAUCAGCAGUGUAGGUUUUAGGUCAGUGUGUGCUGGUGUUGACUAGUUGGGGUUGGAGCUUAGCCCUGUUCUGCUCUCAGGCCCCAAAUGGGGGUGUUGCGAGCCCUGCCGUGUCCCCGCGGUGCUGUUGAGCAGCGGCCAGUGACAGCCCCCCAUGGGAUGUGAGCGCCGGGCUCCACAUCCCAGCACCACAGAAUCCAUGGGGGCUGCCCCGAGCCUCCUUCCCUGCUUGCAAGGCCUGGCAGAGGAGGCAAGCAGCCGGUUGGAAAUAGGGCCCCAGGCCCGUUGCUGCCAGGGGACUGGCUGGGGGCUAGAGCCCCCCCCGCCUUGUAGGGACUCUUUUGCUGACACCCCARAAAAGCCA